AUGGGCAUACAGAAGACCACCAAACUCAAGCCCUUACCAAAAGCAACUAUACAAGGAAGGAUCAACAAGAAACUCCCCCCUAAGCCUGAUAACAAGAGAAGUGUGAAAGUGUCAGCGAGUGAGGAGGAGGACUCUGAAAGUGAUACAGAAGACUCAGCGGAGGUCACUGAAGAGGAAAUGAGUAACGAUGAGAAAGAGGAGGAGCAGGGAAGUGACGAAGAGCCAUCUGAGACACUUGGGAGUGAGGACAGCAUUGAGGAGGAGGCUGAGGCGUUAGAUACUCAAAGAAAUAAAGACCGGACAGAGACCGAAGAAUCGGACAAAGAUCUUUCAAGUCAACCGGCCACAUCCAGCGAAGAAGAAGAGGAGAGAGAGAAGGAAGUUAAAGUAUGUCCGAAGGCUAUCCAUGAUGAGAGCGAGGAAGACGAGAUAACCCAUGAGGACAAGUCUGAAAAGCCAACAGCUGAUAAAGGCGGCAGACGACGCAGACAGGCUCCACAUCCCUCGAAGCUUGCUCAAGGACCGAAAAACAAGAUGUACAAAAAAACAAAGGCAGAUAAGCAGGCGGAGAAGGCGGAGAAACAGAGAGCCAGCGCAGAGAAGAAGAGUUCUGCAACGGAGGAGAUUGAAUCACCAAAAGGUAAAAGAAAAAGUACUCAUGAGAAAGAUGCUCCUGAAGAAACUGACCCAGAUGAGGAAGAGGAGGAGGAGGAGGCUGAAUCGACAUUGACCAAAGCCAUCAAAGGCCAAAACCGAAUGAUGCUUCUCAAAGAAAAAGGUAAAGACCUCAAGAACAUUCUGAAGGUGGAAGAACAGCAGGACGCUGGACGUGUCGUCAAAGGGCUUCCACAGAGCUUGCUCUUGGGCAAAGUCAAGAUGUCAUCUCUCCAGCAUAAAGCAAAUAAGAUGUUAUCCAAACCGGAAGAGGAUUCAUCCGAGAGUGAGGCCAUUGAUGUGGGGUCCAGCAGACCCAUGGAACGUUUGAUAGCACGAAGAAAAGGUAUGACCACUCUUCACCGAAUGUCUGGUUGGCUUCAGAAAAACAUGCCCCGGGGGUUAAACAUGAAAAAGAAGCUUUCCGCUUGGACUAAAGCCAUCGGUGUUUCCCAUUGGCUAUCUUUUCGGACCAUAAAACAGAAGCAAGGGCCCAGAAAAGCUAAGGGCAAUAUUCUCAAACAUAGGAUGGCCAUGAGAGUUGCCAGUAAAACCAGCCUGGCCAGUCAGAAAAAAAAGAGUUCCUCUGUGGACAAAAUGGGUAAAGAGAGUUCCAGCCUUGUGGAAAAUGCAGGAGACGGAGGGGAGGAUGCGGUCCUAGCUGGGGAGAAAGAAGUAGAAGCCAAAUACGCGGUGGUAUUCCCCAGGAUGAACAAACUGGGCAAGGCAAAGACAGCCAACGUGCCCCAGGCAGCUGCUGGACCCGCUACUGCCUCAAGUGCCACUGGACCACCAGGGGAACCCACUACAUCACUGCCAAAACCCCCAAAACCAGGUGCCAGGCUGGUGCUCCCUGUUAAACCAGAUCUCAGCCUCCUGAAGUCCAUCAAGAAGACCUUGCCAGGAGCCUUACUGGCAGGUACAGAUGUGUCAGAGAGGAGCCCUGGGUCCAGUGGUGCACCGGAGGCAUCAUCCAACACUGAGGAUAGAAACAGGAGAGCAGUCCUUGACAAUCAAGAUGGAGUGAAUGUGCUACAGGCUGCAAGAGGAAAACUGAACCCCUCCAAGAUCAACCUGACUAAGAUGUCCUUGUCAGGGGGAACAAUCAAUGGUGGUCCGACUCGGGUCAAGGGGCCAGACCCAGAGAGAGAAGCUGCAGCUGGGAUUCCCAGGUCCACCACUCAAUUUCAAAAUGGGGAGGCAGGUGCUGUGAUAUCAGGUGUCCGGUCCUUGUAUGAAGAAGAGGCAGACAGGGAAGUGGCCCAGCUGAUGGGUGAGGGUGGUAUAUAUACGAUCGCCCAAUCAGAGGUGCACUGGGCAGGUAACCCGCGGAUGAGUGGGGACCCUCAGAAUUGGCUGCGUGCUGAGAACCUGUUGCCCCACCAAACAGUGGAGAAGCUAACCAAGUGGACAGUUUAUGAUGAUAUGGGCCAGGCCAGGACCGUCCCUGCUCACAAUGGCAGGGGCCCCUGGGAAUCAGAGGACCCCACCCAGGACAUGCUGGAGAGUCGAUUGAACAACACACAGGUGGUGAUGCCUGGCAGCAAAACCUCUGUAGAGGUGGAUGAGGUGGAGGACCUGUCCCAGCUAGAGGAGGUGUGUGAGAGCUCCGUGCUUCUCAAUCUGAAGAAGAGGUUCCACCGUGACUGUAUCUAUACUUAUAUUGGCAACAUGAUGCUGUCCAUUAACCCCUUCAAGGCCCUUAACAUCUACACAGAGGAGCUGAGACUCAAGUACGAGGGCAAAGAGCAGCAGAGAAACCCCCCCCAUGUGUAUGCCAUAGCUGACGCUGCUUUCAGUCAGUCUCAGGCCUCCACACAGGAGCAGUGCAUCAUCAUCAGUGGCCAGAGUGGUUCAGGGAAGACUGAAGCUACCAAGCUGAUAGUACACUACCUCAGCUCCAUGUACCAGGGCAGGAACAACAACCUGCGACAGCCCAUGGAGGUCUUUCCCAUCCUGGAGAGUUUCGGGAAUGCCAAGACGAUCCUCAACAACAACUCCAGCCGCUUCGGCAAGUACCUCCACAUCCACAUUCUCCAUGGCGUUGUUGUGGGAACCUCGUUGUCCAAAUAUCUCCUGGAGAAGUCCAGGGUUGUGUUUCAGGCCCAUGAGGAGAGGAACUUCCACGUGUUCUAUGAGCUGCUGGCGGGGAUGAACGACUGGGACAAACAGGAGCUCUACCUGCAAGGAGCCGAGACCUACUACUACCUGAACCAAGGUGGUGCAUGUGAGCUGAAGGGUAAGCAGGACAAGCAGGACUUCCAGCUGAUGCUUCAGUGCUUUGAGACCAUCGGCCUGCACGCUGACCAGAUCUCCACCAUCUGGGCCAUCCUGUCCUCCAUCCUGCAGCUCGGCAACGUCUGCUUUAGCUCCUACGAGAGCGAGUCGUUUGAGGUGGCGCGGAUCUUCAGCGAGGCGGAGGCCAGGAGGGUCGGCUCUCUGUUGCAGAUUUCUUCUGAGGCCUUGCAGACUGUCAUCACUCACAGAGUCACAGAGACGACCUACGACAGGAUCUACUGCCCUCUGUCUGUGGAAAGUGCCAUAGAAUCCAGAGAUGCCAUUGCCAAAGCCUUGUACUCUGUGCUGUUUGACUGGCUGCUGGAGCAGAUCAAUGAUUGGCUGAGCCCCUCGGAGAUGGACAGCACGGUGGGCAUAGUGGACAUCUAUGGGUUUGAGGACCUGGCAGUGAACAGCUUCGAGCAGCUGUGCAUCAACUUCGCCAACGAGCAGCUGCAGCACUUUGUCAACAAGGCGGUGAUCUCCCAGGAGCAGGAGGAGUACAGUGCAGAGCAGAUCCAGUGGUACCCCAUGCCUCUGAAGGACUUCCACUCCUGUCUGGAGCUCAUCUCCUCCAGACCCCACGGCAUCCUGCGCAUACUGGACGAUCAGACCUGCCUGCCCCAGGCCACUGACCACACCUUCCUCCAGAAGUGCCACUAUCACCAUGGGAACAGCCCCUACUAUGCCAAGCCUAAGAACCCCCUGCCAGUCUUUACUGUGUAUCACUACGCCGGAGCUGUCACCUAUCAGGUUCAUAAUUUCCUGAAUAAGAACCACGACCAGUUCAGGACAGAGGUGGUGGAGCUUUUUGCCAGGAGCCGGUUAAAGACGGUGUCGGAGCUCUUCCGGAAGCUUCAGGACGGUUACAUCCAGCAGAGAGAGCUGGGCUGGAGGGGGAAGGGUCUCCGGCAGCAGCCCUCCACCGCUGCCUCUCACUUCCUGCAGUCCCUGACAGAACUCACCACCCGCCUGGAGAGAUGCAAAACCACUUUUAUUCGUUGUCUGAAGCCAAACUACGUCAAGCUCCCUGGGAUUUUUGACGUGGACUAUGUGUCGGCCCAGCUGAGGCAUGCUGGGAUAAUGGAGACCAUCCACAUCAGGAAAGAAGGGUUCCCCAUACGCAUACAGUACUCCUUAUUCAUCGAGAGGUACGGAGUUCUGCUGAGUCAGCGUCAGAGCGAGGUGUCGGACAGGGAGCAGCUGCUGGCCCUGCUGGAGCUGGUGGGGGCCGAGGAGGGGCAGUACCAGCUGGGACUCACCAAGCUGUUCCUCAAGGAGCUGCUCUACCAGCAGCUGGAGGAGAAGUGGAGCAGCACUCAGACGUGGGCGGCCGUCACCAUCCAGAGAAACAUCCGAGGCUUCAUCUGUAGGAGGAACUUCAGGUUCUUCAGACAGAAGGCCAUCGUCAUCCAGAGCCACAUCCGAGGACACCAGGCCAGGAAGCACUACAAGCGUCUGAGGCAGUGCUUCACCCAGUUCUGGGCGGUGAUGAUGAUCACCAGGGACACCAUCAAGAGACGCCAUUGGAGGAAGAGAGGAGGGAGGGUUGAGUUUACCUGGAUAUCAAGAGGAUUACUCAGUGAAACAAAUAAGCUUCAGGAAUUUCAUGAGAAGAAUAAAGUGAAGGCAGUGACAAAGACUAAGAGUGUAUCUCCAGGAAUGGAUGUGGGGAUGUUGGAGAUCCCUGCUGAGCUGUCAGCCAGACUCCGCAGUGCAGCAGGGCAGCAGCAUGGCUCGGGGGUCACAGAGGUGGCCCCCCCUCAGGUGAAGGCCCAACACAAGCUCAGCCUGCCUCUGGAUGUAGACAGAUACCCAUUCUCUCGCUAUGCCAAGUCCAUCUUAAAGGAUACAUGGUGCCAGCCUCAGGGACGCCCCCUCCAGAGAUCCCUCACCCCCCUGGAACCUGAAGAUAACAGAACUGCCCUGGACAUCUACAAACUGAUCCUGCGGUUUACGGGUGAGUCGGAGCUGAGUGGCUGGCAGGAGCAGCUGCUGGGUAACUACAUCGUGGAGAGGGGUCAGAGCCGGCCCCCCCUGAGGGACGAGAUCCUGGCCCAGCUGGCCUACCACACCUGGGGCCUGCAGGAGGAUCUGAGCAGCCUGAGGGGCUGGCUGCUGCUGACCUGCUGUCUCAGCGCCUUCACCCCCUCCCCCACGCUGGACAAGCCCCUGCUCAAGUAUGUUUCUGACCACGGUCCGGGGGAGUACCGCUCUCUGUGCCAACACAAGCUGCUGACCUCUCUGCAGCUCCCGGCCCCUGCUGCCCGCGUCUACCCCCCCACCCAGCUGGAGUGGACUGCCAACCAGAGGAAAGGCACCAUGCUGCUGGAUGUACACACCUACAACGAUGAGAAGCUGACCACUGAAGUGGAGUCAUGGACCACAGGAGAAGAGCUGGCUGCAUGGCUCCUGCAUUAUAGAGGCGUGUCGGAGGCAGUGCAGGGCUGGUCGGUGUCUCUCCUGACGGAUGAAGGCUGGUCAGAUCUGGCCGGCUCAGACUUCGUCCUGGAUCUCCUGGCUGGAGCUGAAGCUGAGGUGCUGCCCCCCCCAGGGACGCCCUCCUCUACACACUCCGACUACCUGUUCAGCAGCCAGGGGGACAGGAUGCCAGCUACAGACCUGGAUGACUUUAUUCCACCAGCACCCCCGAUGCAAGCUCCUGGGCUGCCUGCUUUUGAGGGGACCUCCUGGGGGAGAGAUUAUCCACAGGAAGGCCGUGGAAGACAGAUGGAUGCUUACGUUGAUGACCUGUUUGACCCUGUACUGGACCAAGGACCUCCGGACAUGGAAAGAGUAGCCAUGCUGAACCGCAGGAUGAAAGGAGGAGGAGGGAUUGGACCCAUGUAUGGAGCUGGUAUACCCAUGACAAUGCCAACUUAUCCUAUGGUUAACCCUUCCAUUCAGAGCUAUGGGGCUCCCAUGAUGCCAACCAUGACAAUGCCAGCCAUGAUGCAUGGGGCCCCUGUGGCUGACCCCCUGCAGAUGGCAGCUUCUCAGCAGGCCCUCAUCAACCAGCAGGCCUUCCUCAUGGCGCAGCAGAUGACCAUGCAGGCCAUGACUCUGUCUCAGCAGCAGACCCAGGAGCAGCAGAGGAAGCAGAAGGAGAAGGAGAAGGAGAAGCAUUGGAAACGUCAGUCCCAGCGACGCUCCGACUCACCCUCUCCUCCCCCUCGAUCUCCCUCACCCCCACCUGCACGGCCCAAAGCCUUCAAACCCCCCCCCAGGCGCAAGCAGCCUGUACCAGAGCCAGAGCGAGUGGUGGACCCCCCAGAGCCAGAGGACCUGCAGUCCUUCAGAGACAAGAGGAGGUACUUCCAGAAGAUCGGUGAUCAGCCCUAUGAAGAAAUCCCAAAGCCUCGUUCACCCCCCCCCAGCACAUCCAGGCGGCAGCAGCGCCCCCCAUCACCGCCACAACCAUCACCCCCCCCUUCAGCACCAAAGCCUGCAGUGAAGCGUCUCGACACCCCUCCGGUCGCAAAAGCGGACCCCCCAAAAGAAACACCCACCCCAGCUCCUCUAGCUAGGCCUAAGCCUGAACCCACCUCCAACAUCCGGGAAAUCAUCAAAAUGUACAACAGCCGACCCGAACCAGAGGCCAAACCCUUCGAGCCCGUCAGACCUCCGGCACGGAAUUUUAAGAAGCAGAAUGACCCCAAAGAGGAAGCUCUGGCCAAACUCAGAAGUAAAGCUCCAGUGCCACAGCAGCAGAGACAGUGGGUGCCUCCACCAGUCAAGCCUAAAAGGGAGCUGCCCCCCCCCAUGAGCCUGUCCCCCCCGCCCUCCCCUCCCUCCAUCAGGGAGGCCCGUGUCAUCUCCAACAGCAUGAGGCAGAAGCAGCGCUCCCUGGGGGACCUGUUCGGCUCGCAAAGCGCCAAGAACCCCCCACCUGCUCCCCCCGAGUCCCCCCCACCUCCCCCACGCCCUGCACUCAACAUUCAGCACAUCCCCGACCCGCCUCCCAUGGCGGCCCCGUCUCUCGAUGUGAUGCCAGAUGGGGACGGCAUCCGCUCACAGCUGCACCGCUUCUCUGCUGGGGUUUACUUCUCCUACUCCUAUGUGCCGGGAAAACUGUUCCUGCGCAAAGAAGUGUUUUACCCCAGAGAGAUGUUCAACCGGCCCUACAUCCUCAAUCUGUUAUGUGAACAGAUCAUGAAGGACACAUACUCGGACAGCUGUGUGAGGAUCAGCAGAGAGGAGAGGAGGAAGAUGAAGGACCUGCUGGCAAAUUUCAACGUAGGAAUGACUAUAAGCACCAUCCAGAACGACAACAUGAAGAAGAGGAUUGUGAUGGCUGCUCGGGACAACUGGGAGAACUACUUCACUCGCCUGUUCCCUGUGAAGCCGGAGAGUGGGGAUGCUCAGGUGUUGGCUGUGUCUCAUCGAGGCAUCCGCCUGCUGAAGGUGGUCAGAGCGUCAGGCAUCAACCCCAAACACCUCCGCCUGCUCCGGAGCUACAGUUUUGCAGAGCUGCUGUCAGUGGAGCUCCGGGGAACAGACAGGGUGGAGGUGGAGCUGAAGAGUGAGGUGUUGGUGCUGCAAUCCUCCAGAGCUCCACAGAUCACCGCCAUGAUCCAGCUCUUCCUCCAGGAGCUCAUCAGGGACUCCGGCCAUAUGGUUGCCCUGAAGAGUUAUGUGACCGAUGACAAGAGUCUGCUUAGCUUCAGCAGGGGUGAGGUCAUCAAACUGCUCCCGAUGGAAGGACUCCAGACAGGAUGGAGUUUUGGCACCUUGGGAGGGCGCUCUGGGCUUUUCCCAGAGGACCUGACCCAGCCAUCUGCGGCCCCCGAUUACCACUGUCGGACCCUCAACCGCAAAGAUGACAAGAGGAAGAGCACGAGGGGCGCUGCACCUGUCAGUCAAUCAAACGGCCCGCCUCCAGGUCCAUCCAGCAGAGAGGGCUCGGUUCUGGCCCGGAGGUCAGUCCAGAGCUCCCGGCAGGGCUCGGUCCUGGAGCUGGAGAUCUUCUCAGGCAUGGCUGAGUUUGCCAUGAACUACUUCAGAGUGGGGACUACAGGUCUGCCAGCAACUGGAAGGAAUUUUUCAGAGGCGGUUAAACACACAGAGGUUCCCAUCCAGGAGUCCCUCAUUCUCUACAAUGAUCCUGAGCUCAAUGAGUUAUCAGUCCAGUGCUUCAUGAACCUGAUGCAGUUCAUGGGAGGGAUGCCGUUCAAGAAGGAUAACACGCAGUCAGGCUGUCUGAGCCGCAUCCUUCUGUUAGGGAAGGAGAAGGAGAUGCUGAGAGAUGAAAUCUACUGCCAGGUCAUCAAGCAAACCACCCAAAACCCAGCCAAGUCUUUCUGUACGCUGGGCUGGCGGCUGCUCAACCUGAUGACGGGCUUCUUCCCCUGCUCCGACACUCUGCAGCCGUUUGUCACACGCCACCUGCAAGACAUCUCCGAGGACUACCAGCACCCAUACCAAGAGCUGGCGUGUGUGUGUCAGGAGAACAUGCAGCGCUCUCUCACUUUUGGCGGUCGCCGUAACAUCCCGUCACAUGUGGAGAUGGACGCCAUUCUGGCUGGGAAAACUUCUCGACGUGUUCCCAUCCAGCUGCCAGGAGAAGUGGAAUUCCCCAUCAAGAUACGCAGCUUCAGUUUGGCAGGAGAAGCAGUCACAGACUUCUGUAAAGAGAUGGGAGUCUUAAACCUGACGGAAAUCAAAGAGUUCUCCAUCCUCGCCAACCGACGCCAAGAUGGGACGGUGCGUCCCCUCCAUGCUGAAGAGUAUCUGUUCGACUUCCUGCUGGAUGACGGCUCCAUCUUCCUGUCCCUGAGGAGAGUGAUGUGGAGGAGCCCUCUGACCUUCAGCAGUGACCUCUAUGUGGAGUUCCACUACCAGCAGCUCCUGGCUGACUACCUGAGUGGGCACCUCCUGCUGGCCCCUGCAGACGGCUUCUCCUCCUCCUCCUCGGUGCAGCAGAUGGCUCAGCUGUCCGCUCUGCAGCACCUGGGCCAGGGUCUGCAGGGUGAGCCCUCACUAGCGGAGAUGAAGGAGUACCUGCCCUCCCUGGACGGCCUGAGCAUCAAAGCUGCUGAGAUCCAGACCUUCUGUGAGGGCCAGAUCGCUGCCAUGCACUCCCUCAGCCCUCAAAACGCCAAAAUACAAUUUAUUGAGUUUCUGAGCGCCAUGCCUCUGUUUGGCUCUAACACCUUCCUGGCCCAGAAGGUGAGCCAGCGGGGCUGUCCCUCGCCCUGCAUGGUCAGCAUCAGUCAGGAGGGGGUGCUGUUCCUUCACCCCAAAACAAAGGAGCGUGUGUUUCAGAUUCCUCUGGCGGACGUGCAGUCCAUGCGCACAGUCCGCCCCAAGAAACACGGCAAAGUGCCAGCUGUGGACAUCAGUUAUGGCAAUCCGGGGCGACCCAAAAAAGUCACCAUUCAUCUCAAACAGGCUAAGGAGUUGUGCCACAUCCUUGCUCAGAUAAUGGAAGAGUUGAUCCGUCCAUCCGUCUCCAGCUCCAUUUCAAGCCGCCAGUAGACGGACACACACACACACACACACACACACACACACACACACACACACACAC